CCGGCCUCCCACGGACCGUACUGUGUUUGAUUGGCCUUACCCGUGAGGAUCGGUGGGUGGACGCUGAAUAUUUCCCUUUUUGUUAUUCCAUUUAACUUCACUACCUCAUCUGAUCAACACUAGAAACCGUCGUUCUCAUUGUGCCGUUUCGUGUGCCUCCUCAGCGAGACAAAGUUCGCAAAAAAAGUUCUUAUCCGGUCCCGUUCGAACCUUGACCGCAGCAGGAGAGAGAGCGCGGAACGGAAGCAUAAUAGUAGAAGGUGCCAAAAGGCUAAAACGUAGGGAAACAAACCAAAAUAAGAAUGUCUCUCGCAUCCUCGCUACGCUGCUGCGGUCGACUACUGUUGUUACAGCAACCCGUUAGGACACUUUCGACGAGUGGAACGCUGAACCGGGAUGGCUCGGAAUCGUCCUGGCUCAGCAAACUGCUGGUGCGGAAAAUUGAACCGACCAAGGAGUCGCACAGUCGGAUGCUUAGCGACAAAUUUGAUAUCUACGAACUGCAUACACACAACAUUCGACCUGACUCGGUCGGAAAGUAUUUGGAAAAUUACAAAAACACUGUCCAGAUCGUGCAAUCGAAGGAAAACCUGUCGAUGGAGCUAAUCGGCUCGUGGAACGUGGAAGUUGGCGAUCUGGAUCAAUGUCUGCACCUGUGGCGCUACACUGGCGGCUUCGAGAUGGUGGACCAAGCGAAACUCGAGUUAACCGGCGAUCAGUCAUACGUUCAGCUGAUGCAGGAACGGGGCACGUUCUUGCGUUCGCGCCACCUGCAAUACCUGCUGGCAUUCAGCUACUGGCCACAGCUAAAGCUACGAGAGGGGAAAAACAUUUACGAAAUUCGUUCGUACCGGCUGAAGCCUGGCACAAUGAUUGAGUGGGGCAACAACUGGGCACGGGCCAUUAACUAUCGGCAGAACAACAAUGAAGCGUUCGCUGGAUACUUCUCGCAGAUUGGACGCCUUUACAAUGUGCAUCACAUAUGGUGCUACAAGGAUCUGCAGGGACGAAAGGAGACGCGCGAAUCGGCCUGGCGAUCGCCGGGAUGGGAUGAGUGCGUUGCGUAUACCGUGCCACUGAUUCGAGAAAUGCACUGCCGCAUACUGGCGCCCACGGAGUUUUCUCCAACCCAGUAGAGAGACGGUCACACACGGUGGCCACCCCAUCUACUGCUGCUAAAGUGUGUGGUUCGUGUGUCAAUUAAUCGCCCCAAAUGCGUUACUCCUAAACCGCGGACUUUGGGGAUUUAGUAGCAUUUAUAUGUUAGAAUAUCCUGAUUAUGUUUCCCUAAUUGCAUGCAUUUCGGUGGAUCCCGCUGCAGGGGUGUUCCCUAAUCCCUGGUAUGUGAAAGCUUUUUCUUACAUUUCUACAAUUUCACACAAUGAAAAGCAAAUCUCGAAAGCGACAACCAGCUCGAGAGAUAGCGUAGCGCAAAUUAACCUUAGUCCUGAAUCGGGUGCUGUGCUAAACAGUUGGCUUUUAAUGUUUCUUUUUUCGAGGCGGAUGCGAUGAACUGUAAUAAAAG